CAAACGCGAAGACGUUUCAUAACAUAUGCGCUGAAGAAUUACGGGAACGGCUCGUGGAUUGAGUCCAACGACUGGCAGAUCAUCUCUCGCCAGAAUGCGGGCCAACACUUUCCCAGCGAUUUCGAUGUCCUUCACUUGUGUUGGAAUCGCAACACAACAGACAGACAUGCGUUCAGAUCCCGACAAUCGCUUUCAUGGCUCAAUGCCUUCAGCUUUAGUUUUGGCGGAAGCGGUGGUGACUCCCGGCGACGUCUGUUGAGGGCUAUUCCCCGACAGAUCACAAGUGUAUUACAGGCGGACGUGUUGUGGGCAAUGGGUAUCACUGGUGCGGGCGUUAAGGUCGCUGUGUUUGACACGGGUUUACCCAAAAAUCAUCAACACUUCAAACGAAUCAAAGAGCGAACCAAUUGGACCAACGAGAAGACGUUUGACGACGGGUUAGGUCACGGCACGUUUGUGGCCGGAGUGGUCACCAGUAGUAAAGAGUGUUUGGGUUUCGCACCGGACGCUGAGCUGCACGUGUAUCGCGUGUUUACCAAUAAUCAGGUUUCGUACACGUCUUGGUUUUUGGAUGCAUUCAAUUACGCCAUAUUGAAGAAAAUCAAUGUUUUGAACCUAAGCAUCGGUGGCCCGGACUUUAUGGACCACCCGUUUGUCGAUAAAGUGUGGGAAUUGACCGCUAAUAAUGUGAUAAUGAUUUCUGCCAUCGGAAACGACGGACCACUCUAUGGAACGCUUAACAAUCCGGCGGAUCAAAUGGAUGUGAUAGGCGUCGGAGGCAUCAACUUUGAGGACCAAAUCGCCAGAUUCUCUUCGCGAGGAAUGACUACUUGGGAAUUGCCCGCCGGUUACGGACGCGUCAAACCAGAUAUCGUGACUUACGGUUCAGCCGUUCGCGGCUCGAGUAUCAAAGGCGGCUGUCGUUCUCUGUCGGGAACAUCGGUGGCGUCGCCCGUAGUCGCCGGUGCCGUCACUCUACUGAUGAGUGCUGUGCUUCAUAUGGGAAACGCCAUAAACCCGGCGUCUAUGAAGCAGGCGUUGAUGGCGUCGGCCAGACGUUUGCCGAACAUUGCCAUCUUUGAACAAGGUUGGGGUAAACUUGAUUUGGUUCGCGCCUAUCAAGUGCUUCGUUCGUACAGACCUCAGGCCACUCUCAGUCCCAGUUAUCUCGAUUUGACGGACUGUCCCUAUAUGUGGCCCUAUUGUACUCAACCCCUAUACUACAGCGCAAUGCCUACUAUUGUUAACGUAACCAUUUUGAAUGGUAUGGGAGUGACGGGUAUUAUCAGUGGUAAACCCCAAUGGCAUCCAUACACCCCUCAAAACGGCCAAUACUUGGAUAUUGCGAUCACUCACUCAGAUAUGUUAUGGCCGUGGAGUGGAUGGAUGGCUAUAUACAUCUCGGUGUCGGCCGAUGCCCAGCACUGGGAAGGCAUAGCUCAGGGACACAUCUCACUAACUGUUGAAUCGCCUGCCAGUGAGAGUGGAGGUCAACCCCAGAGAUCUGACAUUAAAUUGCCCAUAAAAGUGAAGAUAAUGGCCACUCCGCCCAAAAGUAAGCGCAUUCUAUGGGAUCAAUACCAUAACCUUCGUUACCCUCCGGGGUAUUUCCCGCGCGACAAUCUCCACAUGAAGAACGAUCCGCUCGAUUGGAACGGAGACCACAUUCACACUAAUUUCAAAGAUAUGUACCAACACUUGAAGACUAACGGCUAUUACGUGGAAGUGUUGGGCUCUCCCUACACCUGUUUUGAUGCCAAAAAUUACGGGACACUACUCAUCGUCGAUCCCGAAGAAGAGUACUUUCCCGAAGAGAUAACAAAACUGAAACGUGAUUUUGACGACGGGUUGUCUGUGAUAGUGUUUGCCGACUGGUAUAACGUGACUGUCAUGAAAAAAGUGAAAUUUUACGACGAGAACACUCGCCAGUGGUGGGAACCGGACACCGGAGGCGCCAACAUUCCGGCCAUCAAUGAUCUGCUCUCGUCGUGGGGUAUAGUUUUGGGUGAUUAUGUGUUUGAGGGGAACUACAAGAUCGGCACUCACGACAUGUACUUCGCCUCCGGUUCCAGUGUUGUUAAGUUUCCACUCAAAGACAGUCUUUUACUCAAACGGAGUCUUAACGAUCAGGGAUUGGAAAUACUAAACGGACAGAAACAAGAGAUACAUAACGUGCCGAUACUGGGAAUGUAUGGCCCGCACAGCGAAACGGGCCAACAAAAAGGUCGUCUCUCUGUUUACGGCGAUUCCAAUUGUUUAGAUACGGCUCACAUGCAAAAGGACUGCUUUUGGAUGCUCGAGGCUCUCCUCCAGUUCUCCACCACCGGAAAGAUUCCCAUUAUUUUUAAAGAAACGCUUAAAGAGGAGGACAUAAAGGCGAAUGAAGUGGAGAGCGGCGCCACUGACGACAAGUCGCUACAUAUGUUAGAAGAACUGCCGCAACGAAUGGAAGGCAACCAUUUGUAUAGAUAUUCCAAAGUAUUGGAGAAUCAUUUAGAAAACACACACACUAUCCGUAGUCUUCCCUCGUGUUUGUCUCUGAAAUACGAAACACCGGUUCCACUGAACAAGUCUUUGCCAACAAAUCUGUAUAAAUCGCAAAAACUAUUGUCAGUGAGUGGUAUAGAUAUGGGUAUAUCUUUGCCACAAUCGAAACAAUUGUCGCAUAACUUCGAGCACUACGAUUCCUCGCGUUGGGAUACGUCCGGUCUGUUCACUCAUCAAGAAUCGGAAGUACGGCUCCCAUCUCUCACAACACUUAUCUUAUUAGUUGUGUUGGUUCUGCUCUUUCUCUUCUUAAAGCAAUGGUAUCAUCACUUAAGGCCUCACAGAACACGUAAACGGAGGUCAAGAACUACUGUCAAACGCCUAUUAUUACAGGCGUUGCCCUCACUACUAUUAGACUUUUAUUUUGCUAACGAUUUAUACGAAGAAGUCUGCGAUAAAGUCAAUGACAAUGCCUUUAACUGUUGGCUCGUUUUGAUUCAGUCUUAUUGUUACUCAUUUCCCAAUAUUGAGACCCUCUUUGAUCUCAUUGAAGAUAUCAUCGCAAACAACACAUUAUGUCUA